AUGGACAUCGGCUCUUUCGGACUAAAGGAGUCCCUCGUGUCGGUUUACCGCACGAGAGGUGUCAACCAGCUGUACCAAUGGCAAAGCGAGUGCCUCUCCCUCCCUGGAAUUCUCGAUGGCCAUCGUAAUCUCAUCUACUGUGCUCCAACCAGUGGUGGCAAGACAUUGGUAUCGGAAAUCGUCAUGCUGCGGCGACUCGCUGGUGAUGGUCGCCGAGCGUUAUUCGUCCUACCCUACAUCAGUGUAGUCUCAGAGAAGGAAGCCUAUCUCCAGAGUCUUUGCCGAUCUGCUCAAUACAAGGUCCAGGCUUUCUAUGGUGGUUCCUCUGGCAACUUCCUGGCGAUGGAACGGUACGACAUUGCAGUUUGCACUAUUGAGAAGGCCAACAGCUUGGUCAACGCUUUAUUAGAACAGCCAGGAGUCGAUCCUGGCUCGGAGCUUUCUCGGCUCCUCGGUUGCCUCGUAUUGGAUGAGCUUCACCUCCUCGGUGACAGCCAACGAGGGUAUCUAUUAGAGGUCUUGGUAGCCAAAGUACGUUACUUCGCUCCUACAUGCCAGAUAGUCGGCAUGUCCGCAACGCUCCCGAACGUCUCUGAGGUAGCGGCCUGGCUCGAUGCCCGCCUCUACGUCACCGACUUUCGUCCUGUCCCUUUGUACGAGUAUGUGGUCUGCAAGAGAACUGUUUUCACUUGCGAUGAAGAUCGAGUGCCAAUCCGUGCCCUCGAGGAUGCCAACAACCUUAUGCCCCCAACGGACACUGACGGCUUUAUGCUUGCUGUUUGGGAGGCUCUAUCGAUCGGCAAUUCAGUGCUUGUAUUCUGUCCUUCCAAAAUGAAGUGUGAGGUGGCAUGCAGCCUUCUGACCAAAUCUUUACCAUGGAGGUCUGCUCCUCCACCAUCCCAAGAGGUCCAUCAUCACCGUCUUCAACUCCGCGCUGAGCUCGAGCUCUGUAGCUGCAACACUGGCACUGGACUGGACAAGAACUUGGCUGAUGGUCUCCUGGUUGGUAUAGCCUUCCAUCACAGUGGUCUCACUACGGAAGAGCGAGACAUUGUCGAACGAGGGUACCGGAGUGGGGCUAUCACAUGCCUGGCUUGCACUAGUACUCUCGCAGCCGGUGUGAACCUUCCCGCACAGCGAGUCGUCUUUCGUACUCCAUUCAUUGCCACGGAGUUUCUUGAUACGACGAGAUACCGGCAGAUGGCUGGCCGUGCCGGUCGGUCGGGUCAUUCGAGUGCCUCGGGUGAAAGCUAUGUUAUCUGUUCCAAUGAGGUGGAGAAGAGACGUGUGACAUCGAUGGCCGUGGCGACGUUGCCACCUCUGAGGAGCGCGCUAGGCCAGAACUGUGUGGGCCUACAGCGACUUUUAUUGGAGGUUAUGGCGACAGCCGGCCAAAUGAGAGACGAUCAAAUCAUGCGGCUUGCGAGGUCCACCUUUCUGGACCGUCAACUUGAGGCACCAGGCAAUGAGAAGAAGAGGCGCAACAGCGUGGCCGACGAUUUUCCUGCGGUUCACGCCGGCAUGAAGUACUUGCUCUCAUCUGGGAUGGUAUACUUCAACCGUGACAGUCAACUUUAUAUGGCAACCCAUCUUGGCCGAGCGGUGUGUGCUAGUGGUCUCAGCUGCGAAGCAGGUAUCGUACUCUGGGAGGAGCUGAAGCGGCUUCGCAAUGAGACAGGUCUAUGCCUAGAGGGAGAUCUCCACUUGGUGUAUCUAGCCACACCAUGGGAGGCAUCAGUAUCCGAGUCCUUGAUCGACUGGAAUACCUAUGCUGCCGUCGUCGAGAGUGACCUCAAUAGACAGCAGCAGGCCUCGCUGGAGGUCAUUGGCAUCAGCAUGGCGAAGAUACAACAAGCGUCGAUACAGGGGAGGCUCAGUCAAGCUGUGAAAGAUCGCGAUCCAGAUGGUUGCCGCCGAGUGGUGAAGUUCUACAGUACCCUCCUCAUUUGGGACCUUAUGUGUGAGAGACCCAUCGAACAAGUCAUUCAUCGUUUUGGCACCAAGAUUGGCCGAGGCUUGCUGCAGUCUCUCAUAUCAUCAGCCAGUGCCUUUACCUCUUGUAUCGCAGUAUUCUGUGGUAAACUCCGCUGGAGGAUCCUCGAGUCAGUCUUCGACACAUUCGCUGGCCGUCUCUCCAGCAUGUGUCAUCGCCGACCUGAGCUACUUGCUCUAUCUGAGAUACCUAAACUUUCUCCAGCGUGGGCACGGCAGUUGUAUGAUGCGGGCUUCGUGAGUCCGAAGAUGGUGGCUGGCGCUACUCCUCAAGAGCUGCAAGCUGUCCUACGACGUGUCCUUCCACGCCAGAUCCCUGAUGUUCCGGAAGACGCUCUCGAGCGACUUAUCAAUGAUGCCGCUCUGACAGCCAGAGAGCAACGGAAACAGAAGUUGAGGGAAGCUAGAGAAGUUCAAGUGACGAUUUCCCACAGGCCCAUACCGGAGGCUCCUCCAGUUGUCUCUACCACGCCAUCUGUUCCUGAUGAGAAUAACCCCGCAGUCCAGCCAUGCAGCCCCACUCGAUCAACUCGCCUGUCUACUGCCACUAUGUUCACACCUGCUGGCGGAACCGAACCAUCUCAGGCCGGCUUCACUCCUGCGACGGGGUACCACGACGUGUCGGAUCCGGCAGAGUUCCUCUGGGCAUCACAGCGCGAUCGAUGUGAUGCUCGGCCGCAGAAGCCUCACUUUGAAAGACAAAUUGGCGAGGGCCUCAGCCGAGAGCCGAUUAUCUUCAUCGGUACACUCUGCCAAGCGAAGAGAUUGACAGCAGCUCCUCUUCGUACGUCGGGUGAGGCUGCCACUCCGGACACUUCCUUGCUCGAGCAGGACCUUGACCCGACGGAGCGACGCCGUAGUUCUGUAGCCAACACUCGAGAGCUGCAGCAGCGCCGUUGGAUGGUGCACUUCCUCGCGGCCAUGCCUCCUAUCGCCUGUGUGGGAUGCUGCUUCGACCUCGCGGAUGCUAUCCGGGAAGGAGUCAAUGUUUUGGUAUGUCGGACAGGAGUUGAUGACAGUAUGACCGUCAUGUGGCGGAAUGGCAAUGCUGUCGAGUACUCGCUGUUGGACGAGUCAAUGGAACAACUGCGGCGUGUUGUCGAGGCCUCAGCUCAGUACACGCUCAUCAUCACGGAAUCCGCAGCUGACUUUUGGAGAUUGCUCAAGCGGAAGCACCCCGAGAUGCGGUGCUCCGCGUGCUCUUCCACGGUCGUAGUAGACCCACACCUGAUGGCCUGGUUGCGCAACCCAGAAGACUCCACUGGUCCUUCGCUGGAGAAGUACGUCAAGCAACUGUCAGCACCUCACUACCUCGAUCGUGACUUGAAGCAGUGCCUCGCUAUCUACGCCCUCUGUACUGAGCUUGGUCGUGGCCUGGUGCAGCAUUCGGGUCUUCUCGAACUCCUCGUCACGGUGGAGGCGCCAACUGCUGCUCUCCUUGUCGACAUGGAGGUUACGGGGCUCAUGGUUACUCCAUCCUACUGGUUCCACCGGCAAGGCAAACAUGCUAGAUAUAAAAUGCAGGCACUUGAAGUGGCCGUUCGAGAGGCUGUAGGCCGCUACGUGGCCCUUGGGAAUGCCGAGGACGUGAGUAAGGCAAUAUUCGACGACCUGAAUGUGCCUGUGCCCGAAGGACUGAGACCACGGAAGGUGAAGAAGAACGGUCACAAGGUCUACGCUGUGGAUCAGAAGACGCUUAUGCAACUUGAUCCUCCUGACCGCUGUCAUGAUCUAUUCGAUUGGAUCAUGGAACACAGGCGUCUGAGUCAUGUACUGAGCAAGCACGCUGUCAUCGACCGUCACGUGCUGCAUGAUGGCCUGCGGGUCCACACUACCUUCACGCAAACAGGAACUGCCACGGGGAGGUUGAAGUCAACAGAUCCGAAUCUUCUCACGGUGGAGAAUGCCUUCGAGGUUACUGAUGUGUCUCGGCCCUCUGUGGCAACUGACUUCCAAAGAGGGAAGAUCGACCUGCUUCAAGAAGGUAUCUUCUUGCUCAAUGCUUCUCCUCAACAGAGUGUAGGUACCGCUGUAUUCGCCUCGCUUGUAACAGCCCCUCCACCUCUACAUCGGGCCGUCUUCGAUGCCACGUUAGUUUCCGUGUCCAAUACUCUCACAGUGGCCGAUAACAUUGAUUCUGGGUCGACCUCGACUGCUAUGGGGGGCCGUUCUCUCGCUGAGUAUUGGAUCGAAGCCGGAUGGCCAGACUACGACAACCCAGAACUUGCCUCCCGUGCGCCUCAAUGCACAAUUCAGCUUUCAACAGGGCAGAAGCUCGUGUAUCCUGCGGACCAAGUGUUCCGGCAGAGUGCAGCAGUUGCAGUGACUGCCGAUGCUGAUGCUCGUAAACGCGUUAUAGCGUUGCGGGACGCCUUCGUUGCUCCUAAGGGGCGACUGCUCCUCAGUGUUGACUACUGUCAGCUCGAGGCCCGGCUCCUGGCACACUUUUGCGGAGAUCAGAGGCUCAUCACUCUCUUCAACCAGCCUGAUGGGGACUACAAUUCUACGGGAAGUCCAACCUACGACAUCUUCGUCCAUAUAGCGUCAACGUGGCUAUCGAAGGCUCUCAAUGAGGUCAGUGAUAUGGAGCGUAACGGCAUCAAGCAGCUGGUCUACGGGGUGAUCUAUGGCAUGGGAGCUCGAAGCCUGUCUCGAGAGAUGGGUGUCACGCUGGCGGAGGGCGAAGCUCUGAUGAGCAAAUUCGACAACGAGUUCCCUCGGGUCCGGGAGUGGACGAGGUCGGUUAUACAUGGAGCCACGAGGGAGGGUGCAUCCGUUCCGAGCAUACUAGGCCGACCUCGGCAUUUGGCGGGUCUUGGUGGUGGUGGCACUGCCCAAGAGCGGGCAAGAGCCCAACGGCAGGCGGUGAAUACUGCGUGCCAAGCUAGUGCGGCUGAUAUCAUGAAGGCUGCUACGUUGGAAGUUGCAAGGAGGCUGGCAGCCAUGCGGGAUGAAAACGGGCGACCACCGGCCGAAAUACUCCUACAGAUUCACGACGAACUGCUCCUCGAGGUCGACGAAGAUCGAAUCGAGCCUGUUGUGGACGCUGUUGUUGACGCUAUGGUCACGGCUGUCCCCCUGACCGUUAGACUGCAGGUCAAAUGGGGAAGGAUAGGGGAGAAACACCGAGUAGAGACUGUAAACUAA